AAUGAUGGCGGGGUGCCAAAUCAAACAUGUUCGGUUAAGAAUUGAGUGAUCCAAGAAUGAAUGAACGUCGUCAGAGACCCGAAACCCAAAGAAGGAAGCGAAGUAUUAAAAACCAAGGGGGGGAAAAGUAUCUUGCACACAAUCGACGUGAAAUCAGGUCUCUCUGGAACACGUGCUUUCGUUUGGUUUUCACAGGCACGUUCAAGGCAGAAAUUCCUAGAGCGAGAGUAAGAAAGCACUGUAGAAGGAGAAGAAGAUGGGGUGCUCGUUCUCUGGGUUGAAUGCAUUGUAUGACAACGUAAACGGGGCAACCGAUGUGUGGAUUAACGACAACCGAUUCCGCAUCGUGAGGCAGCUCGGCGAAGGUGGCUUUUCCUACGUCUACUUGGUCAAGGAGGUGAUCUCCGACUCCCCUUCCGCUUUAGCCGGAGGUGGUCUCUCUAAGAAGCUCAAAGACUCUUCCCGUGUCUCCGGCGAUGGAACUUAUGCUAUGAAAAAGGUCCUCAUUCAAAACAAUGAACAGCUGGAGUUGGUGAAGGAGGAGAUCCGUGUUUCAUCACUCUUCAGUCAUCCUAAUUUGCUUCCACUUCUUGAUCAUUCAAUCAUUUCUGUUAAGCCAACCAAAGAAACAUCUUGGAACCAUGAAGCAUACUUGUUAUUUCCCGUUCAUUUGGAUGGAACAUUGCUUGACAUUGCUCAAACUAUGAAAGCCAAGAAAGAGUUCUUUUCCACAUCAGAUGUGCUUCACAUAUUUCAGCAGCUUGCUGCAGGACUCAAGCACAUGCACAAUAUGAAUCCUCCGCAUGCACAUAAUGAUGUCAAACCUGGUAAUGUGGUAAUAACACGCAGAAAUGGACAACCUCCUCUUGCCAUACUCAUGGAUUUUGGUAGUGCUCGACCUGCCAGGCAGCAAAUUCACUCCCGAUCAGAGGCACUACAGUUGCAGGAAUGGGCAGCUGAACAUUGCUCUGCUCCUUUCCGUGCUCCUGAGCUAUGGGAUUGCCCAAGCCAGGCUGAUAUAGAUGAGAGGACUGAUGUUUGGUCACUAGGAUGCACGCUGUAUGCAAUAAUGUAUGGGGUAUCUCCAUUUGAAUAUGCACUUGGGGAAUCUGGGGGAAGCCUGCAAUUGGCCAUUGUAAAUGCUCAAAUCAAAUGGCCCGCUGGACCUAAGUCUCCAUAUCCUGAUGCUCUUCAUCAGUUCGUGACAUGGAUGCUUCAACCUCAGGCUGCUGUGCGGCCCCGAAUAGACGAUAUUGUUAUCCAUGUUGAAAAAUUGAUCGCCAAGUUCUCUCGUUGAGUUAUUUUGGCGGGAGCAGGAAGCUGAUUCGAAAUUUUGUUCCCUUGGUCGAUUUAUAUUGAUGAAAAAGGCAAUUGCGCUUCGUAGCCUUACAGAGUCAACCCUUUUUUGGUGGUAGUAUAGGCAGUUGAGCGUUGAAUUCAUCAGCACAUUGUUUCUGUCAUUUCUGCAUAAUUUUUUAUGUGUUGUAAUUUAUCAAGUGGCCAAUAUCCCUCCCAAUGUCCCGUUAAAGCACAUAAAUGCCAUUUGAAUUUAUCUAUUGAUGUUACUUUUUCUGUUC